UUAGUAACUGACUAGCCGUCGAACAGUGAGCAUCGUCGAACGAUCCAUCAAGAUUCUUGAUCAUACACUGAACAAUAAUUGAAGAAACAUGAAUAUAAGGCUGAUCCUGAUAUCGACGAUCUUCGUGUUAUUUGUGUUUGUCGACAUAGGAAAUGGAAAAUCAACCAGACGGAGAACUGGAAGCGGUGGUUGGGGAUUUGGAUCCCGUUCAAGGACAACGCCUCGUCCUCGAACUCCAACGUCUCACAAUUCGUACCAGCCGUCGAAUCAAGGAAGCUCAAAGUCGCCUCCGAGUAACAUAGGAUGGAACAUACCGGAUAAAAAACCAACUGGAACUAAUACCGCGGCGAAACCGUCUGCUCCUGUGAACGAGCACGCUGCUAAGACCAGUGCAACAAAUGCCCAGUCUGGAUAUUCACCUUCAGGUGGAUAUCCUCGUCAACCAGCUAGCAAUCCUUAUCAAACGAACAGCAAUCCACCAGCUGGCCCACCACCGUACAAUCCUUCUAUGGGUCAGGGAUACAAUCCUUCGGUUGGUCAAGGUUACCAUCCUUCGGUAGGACAAGGCUACAAUCCUUCGGUAGGAGGAGGGCAUGUGCCCUAUGGAGCACCACCAGCGUACAGUCCACCAGUUGGAGGUGGAUACAAUCCUGGCUUUGGACAGCCAUCUUAUGGACAAUCUUUCAGUCCAUCGAUGGGACAUGUUCCUCAGCAAACCAUUCUAGUACAAUCAGGACAGAAACCUGGCAUCGGACAGCUUGCUAAAGAGGCAUUCGUUUUCGCUGGCGUAAGCGCCGGUGUGAAUGCGGCAGUAAACAGAUUGAUACCAGGAGGAAUCUAUGGCACCAGAGGAGUUUCUGAAGGAGGAGGUGGUGGUGCUGGUGCCGCUCGCACUGAGAUCACUUAUAAUAAUUAUUACAAUAAUGGAACUGCUGUUCCUGCUCCAAGCCCUGAACAAGCUGCUGCAGCUCCCCCUCCAGCACCUGCAGCAGCACCUGCAGCUCCAGCAAUACCUGCACCUCCAGCGGCUCCAGCAGCACCUGAAGCGCCACAAUCUCCACAGACAAACGCGGGUACCAAUAGUGCACCGCCAAGCUCUCCGGAAUCAGCACAGAACAAUCCUAAUCCUCUAGGAUUCGUUACCUCUAACGAUGACAUCAAAAAAUUAACCGAGAGUUUAUUCGAAAAGGAUAAGAACAAUGCUUUCAAGCACAUCACGAUGAACCUGCAAGGACAGAAAAAGGAUGAUAGCACGACCGAUGAUGCUCCUGAACCCUUGUUGACCGUGAAAGAUGAAGCUUAUGAGAUACCUACGAUAAAGGCAGUAUUGCCCUUGUACGACAACUACGAAUUCGAUGUUAAGACGAAGGAAAUUGUUACUGCUGAGGAACGCAAAGAGGAAUCUGAUCUACUCGAGAAAAUUCUUGAAACUGAUGUCAUCAAGGCGACCAUGAAAUUCUUGGCCGAAAAAGGAUAUAUCCCGGAUGACGAGUACGAGUUUAAAGAUUCUUUGAAACGUAUCUGGUUUUCUCAGUUUAAACGAGUCGAUGGAGAUGCAUCAAGUUCUGGCUUUGAAACUGUAUUCUUGGCUGAACAGUUUGAUUCAGAUAUAAUUGGCCUACACAAUUGGAUCUAUUAUGCGAAGCAAGAAGUUGAUAAGAAGCUUAACUAUCUUGGAUAUAUCAAGGAAGUCAAACUUGGCGAUAAAGGAGCGGUUGUGAAGGUACGUUCGUCCUUUAAUGGAAUAGUACAACCUAUCACGACCAUUUUCGUUGGUACGUCACCCGAAUUGGAAUUCGCCUUAUAUACGAUGUGUUUCUUUACUCGUCCAAACAACGCUUGCCCAGUUUCACUCGGAGGUGCUGAGUUCAUGAUCGUUGUGAGCAGAGUAAACUAUUUUGGAAAAGAUAUUCUGAUUUCUGCAUACCCUGACGUCUAACUUAAUUGUAAUCAAAAUGAUAUUUGAUUAUAAAUAUCAAAUCAUUUAUACUGAAUAUACAAGUUUUGUAUAUGUGCUCAUCGUGUAAUGAAACAUUAUAUUCUAGUUAAUACAACAACAUUUUUAAUAACGAAGCGAUAUGACUUCAAUUUUUACUGUAUGUAUAAGUGUUGCAACAAGUUAAAUAAGUUUAUCAAUGAAUAUAAUUUCGUUGCAGCAUACCUGAGUGACCUUUUCGUGUCGUUUUUCUAACUCUGUUAGUUCUAUUAGCGGUAUUAUAGAUGGUCGUCCAUGGGCGCAUCGAGUAGGAAUUUUUGUUCUCUUUAAUAAUUUCAGAAGCCACUUGCAUUCUUUUAAUGUCAGUGGAUCUCCAAAUUUUAUAGCCCCUACAAAAUACUCUAAUAUUAGAUAGUAGCAAACACAAUGUUAUGUACAAAUAAAUGAGAUUGUUAUUCUAUGAAUAUCUAUUAAUAAAAAAUACAUAUCGCAA